AUCAUCUUACUCAUGAAAUCACUGAGUCUCACACCAACCAACAAUCAACAACAAGAACUUAGCCACAUACAUACAGAAUACAGAUUAAUAACCCAACCACAUGCCAAACACCACUGAAGAAUUCCAUAACAACAACUGCUUCGAGUCUCUCCAUGUUUCCCUUCGCAACCUCUCCCAACUCAGCACCCGAAUGGAUUCCCUUCAAAGCUUCCUGUCCCAUUCCAUCCAAUCCCACACUCUCCUCACUCACCACCAAAUGAGCACAGUCUCCAACGAGAUCCUAACCGCCAUUCGCCACGUCAUCACCAACAGCGCCGCCCUCGUCGCCGCCUCGGGAAACGUGCUUCCUCUCUCGGAGACUCCGACUUUGGACUCUCCGAACCUCAACAACAACAACAGCAACGACAACGUGGUGGAGCUCGACGCGAUGGAGCUGCUGGCGAAGCACCUUCACUUCUGCGAGGUGUGCGGGAAAGGCUUCACGCGCGACGCGAAUCUGAGAAUGCACAUGCGCGCGCACGGGGACGAGUUCAAGACCCCGGAGGCACUCGCCAACAAGGCGCGUGGGGAGACGCGCCUCAAGGCGGCGCGGUUUUCGUGCCCCUUGGAGGGGUGCAACCGUAACAAGACGCACAAGAAGUUCAGGCCGUUGAAGUCGGUGUUCUGUCUGAGGAACCACUUCAAGAGGAGCCACUGUCCCAAAACGCUGUCGUGCCAGCGGUGUCGGAAGAAGAGCUUCGCGGUGCUGUCGGACUUGAGGAGCCACGUCAAGCAGUGUCGGGGAGAGGCCACGUGGAAGUGCUCAUGCGGGACUACGUUUUCGAGGAAGGACAAGCUGUUGGGACACGUGGCGCUGUUCGAGGGGCAUUCGCCGAUGCUUGAAGAGGAGGCCCCAGUGGCAGUGGCGGUGAAGGAAAGUGAGGGUGGUUUGGAUGGGUUACCUGAAGGGUUCUUUGAUGGUUUGGAUGAAUUUGGAUUUGGAUCCAUUCAAAACAACUGUUCACAUGCAGGAGCAAGCUUAGCCUUAGGGCUUCCCUCAAAUAAUUUAUAUGCAUGGGAACUCUCUUUUUCUAAUUUAAUCUAGAAGCUAAAUAAUCAAAUUCAACACUGAAAAGUGUGAUAUAAUGUAAUC